CGAUUCUCCACGUUCGGUCGUAGUCGCACACGGCACACACGCAGUAACCGGCGUCCGCGUUCGAGGCGUCCGCUCAGUGUUGCGAGACUGGUGCUGUGCUAUGCGUUCGCCGACGGUCAUCGUUUCGGGUGGUGCACGGGAUCGUCGUCGGUGCUGCAGUGACGGCGUUUGACCGCUGCGAGAGAAGUCGUCUGCGUUUCACUGCCGGAGUAAGCGCGCGCGCCCGCGCACACGUGUGCAACGACUAUUAUUAUAUUUUAUAUUUUCGCGCGUCGCACUCGCGGUUCGCUCGCACGUAUUAUAAUAAUAUAAACAUAAUAACAUUAUAUAUAGUACACGUCACAUAUGCGAACGAGAUAAUAACGACGACGGCGUAUGAUAUACGAUUUCACGAAAUACCGCCGCGGUAAUAUCAAUAACACAAUAUAAUAUAUAGUACCCGCUGCAGUGCUUGUAAUAAUAAUAACAUAACGUAGUGCCGAGUGACCGUGUCAUGGCCGAGACGAUGAUAGUGUCGGACGACGCGACGGCGACCAGCACGUCGGCGCUCGUCGACCAGAUAAUCGUGGCCAAGACGUUCGCCAUGCUCGUCCUGGGUUUGGGCUCGUUCGUGCUGGGCGUCGUGCCCCUGAAGCUGACCAAGUGGUGGCGGAUGGACCCGGCGGCCGGUGCCGGGACCGCGGCCGCGACGCCGCACCACGGCGGACAUUCGCACGGCGGCGACACGGCCACCGGUUCGCCGGCCGUGUCGCUGUUACUGUGCUUCGGCGGCGGCGUGCUGCUUUUCACCACGUUGCUGCACCUGCAACCCGAGGUCCGGGAGGGCGUCGGCCGGUUGCAGAAGACCGGACAGCUACCCGACGGACAGGGUACCGAGCACCUGGGCGACCUGAUAUUCUGCGCCGGAUUCUUCAUGGUGUUCAUCGUGGACGAGAUCGUGCACUCGGUGUUGGACCGAUGCGCGGCCAGCCACGUGGACCGUAGCUCCGCCGAGGAGGUGCUCCACCGGUCGAUGAGCUUGAGGCGGCGGACCAUGUCCAUACCGAGGGCCUCGCUCGCCGGCAGUGGAGGUUCGCCCAGCUCCGUUCCGUCGGUGACCGGUGGCAUGUCGGUGGCCAGCAACAAGGAGCUGUUGAAUAACGAGGGGCCGGGCAAGCCGCACGACAAGCGGUAUCGGCCGGCGGGCUGGGGGUGUGGCACUACGGACCCGUUGUCGGCACGGACAGUGCACCGGCAACGAGUCGGCGGUGGCGGCGACGACGACACCGAGAAACAGAUGAAGUUGGACGGUGACGGUAGCGGCGGGCCCGACGGCGGCCACUCGUUCCGAGGCCUGUUCGCAGUGCUUGCGCUGUCGUUCCACGAGGUGUUUGAGGGCCUGGCCAUAGGGCUGGAGGAGCGCGUCGACAACAUGUGGUACCUGUUCAUCGCCGUGGCCACGCACAAGCUGGUCAUCGCCUUUUGCAUCGGCCUGGAACUGGCCUGGUCCAAGACCCGGCGGCCCGUGCUCGUCAUGUACGUGGCCACGUUCGCCCUCGUCACGCCCGUGGGCAUCAUCAUCGGCAUGGUGCUAGUGCAGUGCGGCACUGGUGGCACCGUGGACGGAUCUCCCGGACGGGUGGCCGUCAUCCUGCAGGGGCUGGCCGCCGGCACUCUGCUGUACGUCGUGUUCUUCGAGGUGCUCGCCAGACACAAACAGUCGGGAUUCUUGCACUUGUUGUCCAUUAUGUUCGGAUUCAGUAUUUUGCUCGUAUUGCAAUUGAUGACUCAUCAACACAGUCACGGAGUCGCGGUUGACAACAAUCAACAUUCGGAUCACGAUCAUUCAUCACACGAACACGAACACGAACACGAACACGUGCACGAUCAUUAGAAUUUCUCAAUGCUUUGAGUUACCAAGUAUUUUAUUAAGCCUAUCGUGAUCUAAGUUUGAUGUAGAUUAUAUUUUGUUAUUAAGUUAAGCUAUCAACUAUUUUGUAUUGUUUAUUUAUAUUUAUACAAUACGCAUAUAUAUACGUAUACAUAGGUGAUUCUAUUAACGUAAAACACUUUAUAUAGAGCUUCAAAUUUAUUAUUCAUUUAGAUUUUAUUAUGCAUUUUGAAGGACAUUCGAUUCUAAUUGUAAACUUAUAUAUCAUAAAAUUUUCGCAAAAAAUCUGUUCUAUAUUAUUUUCAUACAAAUGAUUUUUUUUAUUAAUCACAACCAUCAUAUCAUAUUCUAAGAUAGACAUUUUUUAUUUAAAAAUAUAUCGAACAUUAAAUAAACCAAUAUAAUUUAUAUUAUUCAUAAAUUAUGAUUUAUGAGCUUAUUAUAAGAAUUUAAUAAUAAGCAUGGAGUGGCGAGAAAUGUCUUCGUAAUUUGUUGGUUCACUAUUUCACUCAUUGAUUUAAAAUAAAUGCUUGGAUACCUACUAAUAAAUAAUUGAUUUUAUUAAAGCAAACAAUUGAAAAAUUAUUAAGAUAUAAUUUUUUAUUAUUAUUAUUUAUUUUUUAGUAA